CGUCACUCAUCACAUGACCCGCGCCACUGUACUCUCGUAGGCCAUAUUUGACAGUGGCCACUAGUUUAGCGACGUGGGUGACGUGAGGAUCGCUCUGCGUUCGACGAUCGGCAACCUGUAAAUACGCCCGCGACCGAUUUGACCGCCGAACCCCGACAAUCUAGCCACAAUGAGUGCCACGGAAGAAGCUCCGAUAUACUCGCCGUUCUUCGGCGUGAUGGGCGCCGCCUCUGCCAUCGUAUUCUCUGCUCUGGGAGCAGCAUAUGGCACAGCAAAGGCCGGUACAGGAAUCGCAGCGAUGUCUGUCAUGAGGCCAGAGUUAAUCAUGAAGUCCAUUAUUCCCGUUGUCAUGGCAGGUAUCAUCGCCAUUUACGGUCUCGUAGUGUCGGUACUCAUUUCUGGCAGUCUUCAAAGAGUCCCCAAAUACGACCUAUACAUGGGUUUCAACCACUUGGGUGCUGGCCUGGCCGUAGGCUUCUCCGGCCUCGCCGCCGGCUUUGCCAUCGGCAUCGUCGGCGACGCCGGCGUGAGAGGCACUGCUCAGCAACCUCGCCUGUUCGUCGGCAUGAUCUUGAUUCUGAUCUUCGCCGAGGUAUUGGGUCUGUACGGUCUGAUCGUCGCUAUCUAUCUGUACACCAAAUAAACGGUCAGUAGCGGCAUCCUACUACCUGCCAUGGCUCCAUGCAAGACAUGUCGCCUGCAACCAACAGCGCUCCCCGACUACUAUUAUGCUACAAAACUUGUUUCGACAUUUUAAUCACGUUACUCCAUGCAUACCUUAAAAGUACUCACCAUCUCGGCUCAUCGUCUCUGCGCGCCCUCCUGUAACAAUAUCGUACUCCAAAAAUCGCGAAAAAUCUAUUUAGCGUCCGAGCAUUUAAUCACACCACGCAUUACUCAUCUCACACACACACACACAUACACACACGGGUCACAGUGACUGCAUUGAAGAUCGAGAGAAGCGCGCCCGAUCAUUAGGAUCUCGCGAGGUCAAUUCGCGUGCACGUGCGUGGGGGUGCGUCUCGAGAUAUAUAUAAUAUAUAUAUAUAUAAAGAAGCGAAAUGUAUAGCAGAGGAGAGAAAAAGAAGAGGAAGCGAGAACAACAACAACAACAGCCGAACGACAGGGAAAUACAUAUAUGCAGAGAGAGAAGAUCUCCCAUGUAAUUGUCCCAUUGUCGAAAACAUUUCUCUUUCACUGUAUAGUAAUCAUUUGUAGCGUAGUAUGACAUUAAAUUACCAGUUAAAGUAAUCGGCUCUACUGAAUGUAUAAAGGAAAACAUGUUAUUGAUAAAAGAAUAUUUAGCACAAUUAUAUAUAUAAAUAUACAUAAAUAUAAAUAUAUAUUAAAUGCAAUCGCGAAACGGCAGGUAUGCGAAUAGACAUCACGCGAGAGAGAGAGAGAGAGGGAGAGAACAACAAAUUCUAAAGGAACGAAAUUCUAUCAUUGGCAUAAAUUACAUAAACCAUAUUGUAAGUGUAAAUGACACUUUUGAAUCGCGCGUGAUGAAGCAGCAUAACUAAAGAAGAGAGAGGGAGAGAAAGAGAGAGUGUGGACGGAGAUUGUGCAGCCGAAAAAAACAAUUAAUCGACGAAGAAUGGUAUGAUGAAAUGGUAGAAAAUGCAUGGUGGAUGAGACUAGUAGAAAAGGGAGAAAACAGUGCGAGUAUGAGUGCGAGUAGUCGAUCGACAGGUACACACACGAUAGUAUUAAGUCAAUUGAGAGGCUGCUGGGCGUGACGGGAUUUCACACUUUCAUGGAUUAUUCGUAUGGACACGACGAUACGCGGCGCGAUAUCAGGAGCGGAGGAAAAAUCUGCCUGAUCCGGGUUGUCGGAAGCCGCGGAGGCCAGUGGUCCAGACGCCCGAUUAGUCGCGGAUUUUCUCCGGGUAUCAUAUUAUUCUAUCCAUCAUCUCUCGAGGGGGAAAAAAAACGUGUCGUAUGUUAGUGGAGUAACGAGCAUAGUAUGUGAAGCUUAAAGUGUAAAACCGACAAAACACCGUGUACGUACCAGUAGGCACACACACACACACACACACACUGCAUGAUGGCGAAAUCGAUGAUUACCUAAGAAAAAA